AUGAAUACUAAAGAUAUUGAAAAAAAAAAUUAUAUAAAAGCAUUAAUUCAGGUAAAAAGGGAAAUCAAAAAAUAAAAAUAAUAAUAAGAUUCAAAGAGUGAAGUCAAAGAUAGUUCCUCACUAUCUCUUUAUGAUUUUAAAAAUUAAUAAUAGCUUGAGGACUAACAAUCAAUUAGUAAUUUUGGAUAACCAAAUUCAAAGGUUUAAUAGCAAAAUUCAAAUAUUACUUCUAUUUCUAAUGAUAAUUUUUUUGAAAAUCUAGAGUAAACUUAACACAACUUAUAUUAACUAAUUUAACAGUUAUAUUAAAUUAAAGCUGAUGAUUUAGAUAAAAUUAUAAAAAAUAAGGAGGAAGUAUAUAUUUGUGAAAUAAAAAAAGAACAGUAAGAAAUUUGUUAAGAUCUAUCUUUUAAUAAAGAUGAUACUUUACUUGCCACAGCUAAUGGUAAAAAUAUAAAAAUUUAGUAAUUUAAUGAGGGAAACUUAUCAUAAAUUACAAUCUUAUAAGGCCAUGUAAAAAAUAUUAGUUGUAUAUUAUUUUCUAAAAAAACAAACUCAAUUUUUUCAGGAGGAUAUAUAGAUGAUCAUUUAAUUUGUUUGUGGGAAGAAAAAAUAUAAAAUAAUUGGGAAUUGACAGUUUAGAAGGAUUCAAGAAGUCCUAUAACUUGUAUGGAAUUAAAUCAAUAGGAAACAAAAUUAAUUGUAGGAAAUCAAUAUGGUUUCGUUUAAAUUUGGGAAAUAGAUUAUAAGAAAAAAAUAAUUAGUAUUCAUGAUGAAUAACGAAAAAUUCAUAAAAAAGUUGUCUAUGGAGUAAGUCUUAAUAAAUCAGAAACUUAAUUAGUUACAUGUUCAGGAGAUUCAAAAAUAAUCGUUUGGAAAAUUUGUGAACAAGGAAUGUUAGAAGUGUUGAGAGAACUUAUAGAAGAUACCUUUGUUAGUCGUAUUCGAUUUUUAGAUAAUCAUAGGUUCGUUGUUUCAUAAAGUUAAAGAGGAUUGAUUGAAUUCAAAAUUUCUAGUUUAGAAAUCACAAAAAAAACAAUAGUUUAAACAGAUUAUGAAGAUUGUCAUUAUUUUCCAAUUUAAUAUCAUAAAGAUUCAUAACUGAUGGUAGUGAAACAUUAUAGAUCAGUUUAUUUAAUAAAAGAAUUUAAUCAUGGAGAUUAUAAUUGUAUAAAAAAAUUAAAUUUUGACAGCAAUAAAAUUUUAGGAGCAUUAUCAAAUAAUGGGAAGCAUCUAAUUAUUUAAAAUGAGAAUAAAUUUUAUUAUUAUUAGUUAUUUUGA